AUGAACUGCGUCAAAGGCGAGAUCCACAAUGUACUCUCGAUGAUGCGCGUGAACGCACGCUGGGCAUCUGUGGAUCGCUUCACACAGGAGAUCCCGGCGUCCACGCAGUCGCCAAUGAUGCGCGCCUUCAAGCAGCUCCACUACGAGCUGCAGUCAGUGACGGACCUCUCUGACGUGGACACCGUCACGUAUCUCUUACCGUUCGUGAUGGUCAUUGAGUCCGAGCGCACAAGUGGCUUCAUCACGGGCGCCGCCAUCUCCGCCAUCAACAAAUUCCUACUGUAUGGGCUCAUAACCUGCGAGUCCUUACGCGCAGAUGUAGCCAUCAACCGCAUCGCCGUGUGCGUGUCUCGCUGUAGAUUCGAGGAGACUCAUCGAGCAGACGACGAGGCCGUGUUGAUGAAGCUGCUGGAGCUGGUGGAGUACUGUGUUCGUUGCGAUGCUGGGCAUUUGAUUUCAGGGGAUAAUCUGUGGAAGAUGCUGCAGUUAUGCUACAGUAUCCGCUGCCAACCCCGAUCUUCUAUGCACUUAUGCAGGUCAGCCGACAAUACGUUGUCGCAUUUGGUGCUUACAGUCUUCGAUCGCAUCGACGACUUGGAGCCACAACGGAAACCCAACAAACCGUACGGAGUCCCGCUAUUAGAGCGGAUUCUGCACUUUAUCUCGGGCCUCAUCUCGCCUACAGAGAACGAGGAGAUGACGUGCGUCUUGGGACUGAGAUUGAUCAAUGUGGUGCUGGAGACAGCCGGGACGGGACUGGGUAGCCAUCUGUGCUUAGUGUCCGUGCUACAAGGAGAUUUGUCCAAGUUCUUGCUGCAGAACUCCGAAACGGAGGAGCUGGGCAUCUUGUCGCUCACGCUUCGUGUGGUGUUCAACCUGUUUAACUCGAUCAAGGACCAUCUCAAGGUGCAGCUGGAAGUGUUCUUCACUAGUGUCCACAUGCGCAUCAUCGACUCGCCGUCGUGUUCCGACGAGCAGAAGGAACUGGCGCUCGAGUCCUUGGUGGAGUUCUGUCGCGAGCCGGCGCUGAUGCUGGACCUGUACAUCAAUUACGACUGCGACGUCCACUGCACCAAUUUGUUCGAAGUAUUGUGCAAGUCUCUGGCCAAGAACUGCCAGUCCAUGUCCAGUCCCGACGGCAAUCUCAACGCACUGACGCUGCUGUGUCUCGAGGGAUUGCUGGCCGUGAUCGAGUCGAUCGCUCGUCGCUGUCCUUUGAACACGCCCGCGAAGACGUCAGGCUCCAGGACUUUCGGGGGGAACGCAGGAGUAUUAAGUUUGAAAGGUUCGGAUCUGGCACGGUUCACUGCGGGGGCGUCUCCGCGUACCGACUGCUCGUCGGACGCGUUCCCGAGGGACGACAUCUCGCCCAUGUCUUCGGUCCGAGAUCUCAUGCAUCUCGUUAUGUCAGGAAGCGAAAGCGACUCGGAUUCGGAGCAGAGCGAAGCAGACAACCCGGCAGAUCAACUCGCAUGGCUACACACUGCCCGAGAACGCACCGCUGAGGUGUUGCAGCAACGCAAGAGCAUCAAGAAACGCUACGCCUUAGCUGCCGAGAAGUUCAAUACCGACCAGAAGAACUGGAUGGCCUUCUCGCAGCAGAUCGGACUCUUACCGGACAAGUUGACGCCCGAAUCGGUGGCGUCCUUCCUGCUGUAUACACCUGGUCUCAACAAGACGCUGAUCGGCGACUACAUUGGCGACGGACCGAUCGAAAAGUACCCGUUUAAUGCCGCAGCGAGAGACGCGUAUGUAGCCAUGUUUGACUUCCGCUCGGCGCCGUCGCUGGACGAGGCGUUGCGCAUGUUUCUGGCCAAGUUCCGUCUGCCGGGGGAAGCGCAGAAGAUCGACCGCAUGAUGGAAGCGUUCUCGAAGCAGUUUUACCUCCAAGCAGGCUCGUCCGGCCCUCUUGCAGACGCCGAUGCGGCCUUCGUAUUGGCGUUCAGUAUCAUUAUGCUGAACACGGACUUGCAUUCGGACCACAUCGCCAAGAAGAUGACUAUCGAGGAGUUUAUCCGCAACAAUCGCGGCAUCAACGCCGCGGAGGAUCUGCCGACGGAAUAUCUGACGGAUCUGUAUUAUAAUAUUCUAGAGAAGGAGAUCCAGAUGCAGCACGACGUGUCCGACUUCAUGGAGGCGCCUUCGUCGACGGUGGAUCGCUUCUCGACGCAAUGGGGACGGCCAUCUUGGAAGCUGCGAGCUGGCCUGUUCGAGAAGGACAUGUUCAAUUUGAUCUCGGAGAGCACAAUCAAGAGCAUUUUACUGGCCUUCGAGAAGACGUGCGACCUGCACAACAUGGAGCGCGCGUUGGAAGGACUGAGCAACUGCGCCAAGAUCAUGUUGUACUACGACAUGAGCGACGAGUUCAACAAGAUCAUGGGAGCGCUGGCGUCGUACUUCUUGACGUUCGCGCAUGGGAUUAUGAGUGGAGAGAAGGUGUACCAGCUGUCCGCUGAGACGAUUGGCGAGCGGAUUGUGCGUCGACAGGAUGACGGAUCGGAAGUUGAGGUGCUGGCAGACACGCGGCCGUCUGGCGGCUCGAUAGACGAGGACCUGGUGCAAGGAGCGAAGACGCGUCGUGCUCUGCUAGCGCUGAAGCUGCUCUUCCAGUUCGUACAAAACAAGAGCGAGUGUUUCCGCAAAGGAUGGGCCAGUGUGGUGGAGUGUAUGCUCAUGUUCAACGAGCUGGAUGCUGUCCCCACGUCGCUGGUGGAGAUCGAUGACUUUGUGGACUCACGGGGAGUGCCGUUGCCUCCGAUGCAGGGAGGGGCAUCGUCUCACGUCCCGUCUCCGCCCAAGAUGUCUCCUGGACGUAAUCAAGGUGCAACGGGACUGUCGGGGAAGACUCGUGAGCGCUCUCGACGUCAAGCGGAGCGUCAAGCUGCGAUUCGGAGUCGUAUGAAGAGUAUGACGCAAGCUAGUCAAGGCACCGCCUAUGGGAGCCACGCACAGAGUGUCAAUAGCGGGUCUUUCUGGGACUCGCUGUCGUCUUAUCUCUGGGCCGAACAGGAGAAGAUUGACGAGAGUUUCUCGCUAGUGAACCAGAUGCUGCGGGAGGAAGUGAUGGAGCUGGGCGGCGGCAUCUUGGAGAAGGAAAACUGGCUGAGACUGACGCGGAAGCUGCAGGAGAAGGCGCUGACGAGUCUUCUGGAGACGCUGAUCUCGUGUCGUGACCCGUUCAAGUGCAUCAUGCAGGCGUCGGACUCGGGCGUGGACGCGAUGAUGCAGGAGAACGCCAUCCUGGUGCUGGAAUUGAGUGUGGACAUCAUCUUGGUCAACUCGCAUCGCAUCUUGCAGCUGAACUUGUGGGAUUCCUUCCAUCUGUACGCCAAGCGCAUCUUGUCGACGCCGUUGCGAGAGCUGCACAUGCAGGGGCUUGUAGAGCGCGUGGUUGUGCACAUCUUGCGUGUGAGUAUCCGACUCUUCCAUGAUGAAAAAGUGCGACCGAAGCUGAUGGCUACACUGGAGUUGCUGUUGACGAUGGAUAAGGACAUGUACAAGGCGUUGAGUGACCGACUGGCGUCAGGCAUCACGAUGCUGUUGAAGGCCAACUUGGUGUACAUGAACGAUUUCCACGACUGGCAAGUGCUGCUGGGCAUUCUAGAGAACGUGGUCGAGUAUAUUAACAGCAGGUCAGCGUGCUGGGAGAGCGUCCUUGUACUGGCUGAAGGAGGACACUUGAAGGACGACAACUUUACGCCGUGGAUGUCUCUGUGCUUCGGGUUUAUUCGCCACCCAACGUCGUACGCUGUGGACGCCUUGAAGCUGCUCCAAGGACUGGCCAAUAGUGACAACACGUACAAGAUGGAUGGCAGGUCGUGGCUGCAAGUGAUGCGCGUGAUGCUCCAGUAUCUGAACGACGACAGACCGCCAGUGGCCAAGACUGCGUGGGACUGUCUACGCAACUCGCUGUUGCUUCCUGGAGUGCCGGUCGCCAAGGACACGUGGAAGAAAUGCUUCGACGAGAUCAUUUUUGCGUUUGACGACCAGGUGAACGAUAUCACCGUCAAGAUGGCGCGUGACGCCCCGUUGUACAGCGUCACGCUCUUGUCCAAGACGUUCCUGCACAACUUGACCGUGUUGAUGGAGCUGCGGGACUUCCCGGAGUUGUGGCUCCAGGUGCUGCGUCGUCUGGCCAAGAAGCUGGUGGCGUCUAGUUCGCCUACGAUGCGAUCCCAGCAGAGCAGUGUCGUGUUCGAAACGACGUUGCAGUCGCUGUACAAUUUACUGCUGGUGCUGAAGGCCGAGGACGUUCUGGAGCGGGUGAGCACGGAGGGAAGCAGCGAGACGCUGUUCGACGAGACGUGUGCGGUUAUCGACGCGGUGUGUCCACAUUUGAAGGAGCAAUUGGGUCUGUUGCCAGUGGAUCGGACGCCACACGAUGAAGAGACGGAGGCGGCUUUGAAGUUGCACCUUGGUCUUCCGACGUCCACUACGACACUGGAGACUGUCGUUAUUGGCGACGGCACGUUCGGGAUCAAAGUGGACGAGGUUAUAGUGGACGAGAUCACGGAGGCUGUGUAA